UUAUCUAAUGAGAUGCUUUUCCAGGUCCUAAAGUUAUUCUGGGUUUGGAUUUGUAGUUUCUGGGCCCUCAACCGACUAGGCCGCCCUUUGUAUGUUGAGUUGGAUAUUCAAUUUCCUGCUACCAGCUCUAGAGAGGCCUUCCUCGUCUGGUUCCUCAAGCAGCUUCCUUUUCGAGACUCGUUCAUUACAGUAAGGAUAGGACUUUUAGCUACCUUAGACUGGGCUUAUCUUAGAGGGUACUUCUUUAUGAAUCUUCCUUCCUACCUAUAUCUUAUUAAGGCCCUUAUUGUUGUCUUUGUCGGGGUUAUCAAUCUGGUUAUAUGUUGCUAUUGUAUCUAUAGCUAUCUCUUGAUAACUACCCGCUUCAACGAAUAUAUUCUGACCCCUUUUUAUGCUUGUACUUCGGCCCCGGGAUAUAUAAAUGGGGUGUAUGCUAAUUGCCUUUGGUAUAACCGGACUAAUUGCAACUGGAAAUGCCUCUAUAGGUAUAUAGCUUUAGGUCGUUAA